GCUGACGGCGCGGGCGGAGGUGCCGCAGCUGGAGCAGCGGGCCGAACAGCGCCACGCCAGCAGCGCCCAAUCGCUGCGCGUGCAGGCGCUGUUGCGGGGACAGGGCUGGCAGGGCCCGGGGGAGGAGCCUGGCCUGCUAGAGGACCUACCGUCCGAACCCGUCUCUUCGGGCUGUCGCUCCAGCCGGCAGUACAUGUCGCAGGAGGUGCCGAUAAACGUAGCCCACCCGCGUGUGCAGAAGAUCUUGCACGGCUUCCUGGAGAGUCAGGAACGGGCAGGUUCGCAGCGGCUGGUCAUCACGGACAUCCAGUCGGCCACCCGACAGGCGAUUACCGAGACGAAGUACCGUUUUGAGUUUGUGCUAGGCGUGUCACAAUGCCCGAGGAACAGCACCGCGCACCGGUACUCCUGCGCUGCCACAGGAACCCAGCCGCUCUCCAACUGUCGGGUGAUGGCCCGGCACAGAGCCGGCCAGCCGCUACAGUUCAACAGCGUCAGCUGCACCUCCAAACGGCAGCCAGAGUGUGCCAACGGCCGAUGCGAGGAGCGCCAGAUCCACCCGUACGCGCCCGCCUACCUCCAGUACCCCGACGAUCCCGUGGAAGUAAACAUCCACGACUCCGCUUAUCAGCAGCUGGUGCAACACGUGCAGGAUGAGGUCAACCGAAGGUCGCGGAGGCCGUACCUCAAGAAGUUUAUCAAGACGCUAAACGCCACCAAGGUCACCUACAACCUGCAGGAGACGGCCGAGAUCAUCGACCAGGAGCUGUACUCGCUGACGCUGCGCUUCUCGGACACGGACUGCGCCCGGGCCGGCAGCGCCGAGUCCGUCGGCUGCCUGCGCGACUUCAGGGUCGACGGCUCGCGGCCGACCUCCGUCUGCGACGUGCGCGUCUCCAGCCUCGGCUGGGCCGACCGCAUGCGCGUGCUCGACCUCUUCUGCGAGGGGGAGGAGCCGGCGCCGCAGAGUCAGCAGCUGGGAGCGUGAGCCGGCGCCCUGCGUCGGUCUCUGUCACGUGCCGCGGCCGGACUCCUCGUCGCGGAGCGUCCUGUCCGAGCUCAGGCGGGCUGGACCGGCCGGCCUAGCGGUAAGCCUCAGCGGCGUGCGAGACAUCCGUGGCUGAGGUGGCGCAGCGGCGGAGCGCGGGACCGGCCUAGCGGCGAGCCUCAGCGGCGUGCGAGACAUCCGCGGCUGAGGUGGCGCAGCGGCGGAGCGCUCCGUCAGGUGAGCGCAGCGGCGCUGGAGGUGGUGGCGUCGCGGCCGGCGGAGCGCGGGACCGGCCGAUCUGGGCGGCGCCGGCUGGCAGGUGCGCUCCGCCGAGAUGGACUGGGUGGGCGGCAGACCGGCCGCAGCGGCACGUCAGCGCGUGGUGCGUGGACCGCAGCCGAGCAGUGAUGCGUGGCCGCCUGCCCGGAGCUGACUGAUGAGGCGGGACGGUGGCAGGCCGGAGCGAGCGUCUGGGUCGCGGUGGCCGUUCGGUCGGAGCUGACUGAGGAGGCGGGACGAUGGCAGGCCGGAGCGAGCGCCUGGGUCGCGGUGGCCGUUCGGUCGGAGCUUGACUGUGCGACAACACCGGCUGGCUGGACUGGGGAACAUAAGCGUCGGACGGAUUCUUUUACACGUGUCCGUGACAUUGACCCAAGUUCCAACCCGUUAUCUGUGACUGAUCUGUGAACCUCGAAUGCCCGACAGUCUUGCAAUUCAGUGCAUGUGGCUGUAGUGAAUGUGGUUGUGUGCCUUCCCAUUCAACGGUACAACACCCGCGCCUGCGUGGAUAGGCCGCAUGGAGCGCGCACCGCUCGUCGCCCAGGCUGUGGCGCACCGCUCGUCGCCCGCCUCGCCUCGCUCGGGUGUAAACCACGGCUGCACGACUGAGCCAGCCGGCGGAAUGUGCUUAUCUCGUUGCGCAACAUGUACAAACAAGUGUGUACUGUGUUAUCGGACAGGCAACCAGGCGGACCGGCCGACGACUGUCUAUCCUAGCUUUACAUACCGGCACAUCAGCUGCAAGUCUUGCGCUUCAUGAGAUGCGUUAGAAAUAAACCUGUUCAUAGCAAA